AUGGAAUUCCAUCUCCAACAAACCGACCUCUGGACUUCAAUGGAAGAACAAACAAAAAGCAUCGACUUACCCCAAGACGCCGCCGUAUUGCCUGACCCCAUUCACUUCCCUAAUUCUCCAUCCAGACCCUCCGCCGCAUCCGUCCCAACUCCAUGGGCCAUGUCGCCGGCACCAACAAACCAGCAACCUUUUGUUUACCACUGCAUAGCCUCGCUCCACCGGCCGGACGGCAACAUACUGUCGAUUGCAAUGACAAAGGAGUUUAUAUUCGUGGGGUCGGAGAGUGGGCGGAUUCAGUCGUGGAAGCUGCCGGAAUGCCCCGGAGUUGGGUUCAUAAAGGCUAGCUCCGGCCGAGUAGGGGCAAUGUUUGGGUGUGGGAGGAUGCUGUUUAGUUGUCAUGGGGAUUAUAGAGUUCGGAUUUGGGAUGUGAAAAUGGGAAAUAAGAGAUUGAAACCCAAAAAGAUUUCGACUUUGCCACCAAAACGCUCGUUUUUGGUGGUGAGAAAGAGCAGCCGCCAGAUGCAAUAUCAUACAGAUUUUAUUUCUUGUUUGGCUUACAAUGAUGCCGAUAAGCUUCUCUAUACAGGUUCGUGGGAUAGCACGGUGAAAGCUUGGAACAUCUCAGAAAAUCGAUGUGUAGAUUCAUUUGUUGCUCAUGAAGGCCAUGUUAAUGCAAUCGUCAUAAAUCAAGAAGAUGGCUGCGUUUUCACUUGCUCUUCUGAUGGCUCUGUCAAGAUCUGGAGAAGGGUUUUUGGAGAAAGCUCCCAUAUUUUAACAAUGAUUCUCAAGUUCCAGCUCUCUCCUGUCAAUGCCCUCGCUCUAAGCCUCACUUCGUCGCCAUCUCCUCCGUCGCUGAAACCCUACAACUUUCUUUAUUCUGGUUCUUCCGACGGCCUCAUCAACUUUUGGGAGAAGGAGAGCUCCUCGAGUAGGUACAACCAUGGAGGGUUCUUACAGGGCCAUCAUUUCGGAGUUCUUUGUUUAGUAACAGUAAAAAAUUUGAUUCUGAGUGGAUCUGAAGACACAGCCAUAAGGAUUUGGAGAAGAGAAGAAAUAGGGAAUGGGUUUGUUCAUUCAUGCGUUUCAGUGAUAGAGGGCCACCAUGGGCCAGUCAGGUGCUUGGCGGCGGCCAUGGAGGUGGAUAAUAUGGGGAAUAUGUUGGUUUGCAGUGCUAGUUUGGAUCAGACUUUUAAGAUCUGGAGAGUCAAGCUGAAUGUGGAGCACUUGAAGAAGGAGAUUGUUAGAUGUGAGAAUAAUAAUAAUCACAAUCCUGUUCUUUCACCUUCUUGGGUGGAGAAGAGGAAGCAGCUUCAAGGGGAUGAUUAUUAUUAUUGUAUCUAA